AGACACCGUGUUGGCCUCUUCUUCUUCAUUUUCAAUCUCUAUGCGUAUAGGUUUUUUUUCUUAUCGAUAGCAGAGAUUCGGGCUAUUGAAUUGAAAACACAGGUAUGAGCUAAGAGGGCAGAGGAAGAAGAGGCAUGUGUAGAAGACUUUACUGAUCGAGUUAAAGGGAAUCAAAGGGAGGAGUUAAGGUUUAUUUGACAUUUUGCAUUUUGGUUCACUCCGAGUUCAGCGCGCCGAAGAUCAUGUUUGCAAUCUACAGAAACUCGCGUCGUCAUUGUUCAACAUCCAUUUCAAACAUUUCCGAAGUUUGCAGGAAAUCUCUGCUCUGUUCUAGUGUUUUGGUUGAUGGUGAUCUCAGUCUGUUAUAUUUGGAAAGGAAAACAUUGUCCCCACGUGUAAUCGGUCCUGUAGUGGAAUCGACGUGGAAUUGCUUCCAGCCAUUGAAAUUCUUUCCUGAAUUCUCCUAUGAAUUUCAUAGAUCAUUCAGUUCUCACCACAAGCGUUUAGAUGCCAAACAAAGUGACGUUUCACUUGUGCUGAGGACGGAUAAAGAUGUGGUGAGAUUUUCUGUUGGUGAAGAUAAGGAGAAUGAUGGGUCACUUGGAAAAGCUAAGAAAACAGUGAAAAAGUUUAAAAUGUCUAAAAGAGCGAAAGUGAAUGAACUUAGGUUUUACAGGUUGAAGGCGAAGAAGAAAAUGAAAUCACCGAAUCCCGAAGUUAGAAUAAGAUACAAGCUUGAUAAGGCUAAACGGAAGGAGGUUUGGUUGAUAGAGAAACUGAGAAAAUUUGAGGCUCCCAAUGCUCUAGCUGAACCACAUGAUCCUGAAAUUUUGACCGAAGACGACCGCUUUUACUUGAAGCGCAUUGGCGAGAAAAAGAAAAAUUAUGUACUUGUUGGAAGACGAGGCGUGUUUGGAGGUGUAGUAUUAAACAUGCAUCUUCAUUGGAAAAAUCAUGAGACGGUGAAGGUUGUAUGCAAGCCUUGCAAGCCUGGGCAAGUUCACGAAUAUGCUGCAGAGCUAGCACGUUUGAGCCAAGGCAUUGUUAUCGACAUUAACCCUGACAAUUCAAUCAUAUUUUAUCGAGGAAGGAAUUAUAUCCAACCUCAUGUUUUGUCACCUCGAGAUACUCUUUCCAAGGCAAAGGCAUUGGAGAAGUACAAGUUGGGACAGUCACUCGAUCAUACAAGUCAGUUUAUUGAGAAAUUAGAGAAAGAACUAGAAGAGUACCACGAAUACCUUGAUAAGAAAAGGGAAAGAGAUGCUUUGACGAGUUUGGAUGCGAAUGUUUAACGGUAUCAUAUAGUUAGCAUGCUAAAAGUCAGUAAUUUAUUCAUCGCCGUUUCAAUGAGUCAUUUAUAUUUUUUCUUAGAUUGCCUCAGAGAUACGUAACAUGUCAAGGUCCCGUAUAUUAGCUAGAAAAGUUGUCUCCUUAACAGGAAGACAGAAAACAUGCUUAAUUCUUUUGUUCUCAAAAUUCAGAAAGCAUGUUUAUUUUACUAUUUUUUUUUAAAUUUAGAAAUGUGAGAACUGUAAAAUUAUUGCUUUUUCUAGUUUUCAUGUGUACUAUGCCGUUUAAACGAGUCAUUUAUCUUUUUUCUUAGAUUGCCUCAGAGAUAUGUAAAAUGUUAAGGUCCCGUAUACUAGCCAGAAAAGUUGUCUCCCUAACAAGAAAACAGAAAUCAUGCUUAAUUCUUUUGUUCUCAAAAUUCAGAAAGCAUGUUUAUUUUACUAUUUGUUUUUAAUUUAGAAAUGCGAAAACUGCUGUGAAAUUAUCACAUUUCCUGGUUUUCAUGUGUACUAUGUUUUACAUAAAAAAAUAUUGUGCAUUUAACUUAAUUCUUGUGCUUUAUUAUACAGAGUAUUAACUUUAUUUAAUUUUUUAAAAAGAGUUUCAUAGGUUUCAGGUUUGGAUCCUGUGUGGAAGAAGACUGAAAUUUUUGUGGGUUCAAAGACAGUGACUCAGGUAAGCAUAUUAUCUCUUAUAGGCAGUUAGAGAUUCUCUUUUCCUAUUAUUCUUGCAUCAAUGCAUUUUUUUGUUGUUGCAAAUAUCAAUUGCUUCCCAAAUGUAUUAUGAAGUACAUGCUUAGCUUUCAUCGCUAAGUAAAGGCAGGGAAUAAUG